UCACAGUUACAGGAAGAGCAUAAGCAAUGUUUAGUUAAGUUUUACGAUAAUAACUCAGGUACCUGUAUUCAAGACGUUGUUGAGAUGCUUACCAGCAAGUUUGUUGGUCUUAAGACCAAGGAAUCAAGAGCACAUGAGUUUUUGAGAGACGAUUGUUACCUCUCUUUUAAGAAGGUUACUUUUUGGUCCUAA